GGGCAAUAUUUUACACGGCCAUCGGACACUACCUAAUACAUUUACAAAUAUCUCCUGAAAUAGGCCAUUUUAAUACAGCACAUCACUACAAAUACACAUAUCUAAAUCAGUUAAUCAAAUAGGGUUUUUAUUCUUGCAUUUUUCCAACUUCCAGAUACACAUUUAUUACCCUGCAUACUUCAUACCCAGCUGAGGCUCUACAAUGACGCACAACAGUUAUAAUGAGAAGUAUCAACUGAACUAUCCAAACUCACAUUACUUGGCAAACUUGGAUAAUCUAAAUGCCACAAACCAAACUAUACACCUUAAUCGAUUACCCACCUUGGGAGAGAUUUUAGCUAACAAAUCCAAAUCACCGGUUGAUUUACUUACAUUCUAUCAAUUUAUGGAGGAAGUUGAAGGAAAAGUUGAUUACCUAGAUUUUUGGUUCGACUUGGUUAACCAUUUAAACUUGUGUAAACACUAUGUAAAAGGGUUGCGGGAUUCAAUAGUUCGACAUUCUCAGAUUUAUUCACCUAAAGAUCGAGACUUAUCAGGUUCAACGGGUAUAACAGCACCUUCUGGUGGAAUCAGAGAUUCAGUAGCUGCACUGGACACAUCGAAACGUAAAUCAUUAAGUUCAUCAAUCUUGUUGGAAUUAAUUAUUAAUGACCAUAUCUUGGAAGAAAAUGAUUCACCUCGAUUAUCAGCAUUCUUACGUGGUGAUAUUAAUCUUGAAAAUCCAGAUCCCAAAUUAAACGAACUCAUACAACAGUAUACUACCGAGCUCCAGAAAUCGCCUAAACUUAUACAACCUGGUGCACAAAUUUCCCCAAAAUUUGCAAGCAGUCAAAAAUCAUCACCUAACCUGGCUACAAUGCCCAGUCCCGCAACGGGGCUUAAUUCCCCCCGAGUAGCAAAAAGAGUUGAUUCAAAAUCACGUUUGGUGAGUGGAGAGGAUGAGGAACGAAUCGGUGGGGAUAGUUAUUCUGAAAGCUUUUAUCAGACUCACUUUGAAGUGAGUCAGGCUGAUCGCGCAGUCAGCCCUUCACAGUAUAUCGCCCAGCAACAGAAAAGAGAUCCAAUAAACCCAUUUGUUGAACAGCAGCAGCAGCAGCAACAACAACAACUGCAACUACACCACCAUGCAAAACUAGCACAAAUAACCCCAAAUUUACUUGAAAAUUUACUUAAGGAUGUUACAAUGGAGGAAAAUGCAUUUAUUUCCAGGGACAGAUUAAGAGAAUCAUCGCAUAACUUAUUAUUGAAGUACUUUAUGGGUGAUUCAGAAAAGAACUUAAAUUUACCUGAAAGAAUAAAUUCUUCAAUAAUCAAAGCCAUCGAAGUAGAAGAACGUGAUGACCCCGAAGUGUUCAAUCAUGUUAAAAACUACGUGUUCAACAGGAUUGAAAAUGAACAUUUACCUAAAUUCUUGGAUUGUAUGGCAACUAGGAACAUUAAUCAUUCAGAAUUUUGGAGAGUCUUGAUUGGAUUCUUUUUCAUAUUCAUUGGAUUUUGGGUAAGUUAUAUAUUUAUCUUUUUAAAUUAUAGAAAGUCCCUAAGACCGGUCAUUCUAGUUCCCUAUAUCAUUGGUUUCUUUCUUAUCAUAUCAUCCAUAUACUUAAUUGAUCCAGUAUUAGCCUGGUUUGGACUUUCAGAAGGCUUUUCAAAGACUUCACAAUCAAGAUUAAUCAAGAUUAGAGAGAGAUUCAUCUAUCGGUUUAUAUUAAAGAGAAGUCAUUGGGUGCUUUUCUUGAUUCUAUUGGCCACUGCAAUAUUGACAGUGUUAUUCAGCUUAGUUCCAGGUCAUCGAUUAUGAUUGAUUUAGGAAUCUUUCACUUCUCAGCUAUUUAAUAUGUUUAGUAAUAUAAUUUAUACAUGCCUCGU